UACUUACAUAAAAACUUCCCCAUCCUAUAACAGCACGUCAGCAUCACAGUUUCUCGCAACUCUUAAAAAACGCGAUCAUCUCUCUCAGGCGACUCUUUCCGUAACCGAACUCGAAAGCAAUUAUCAGAGUUUCUGUAAUCACAGGCAACGCACCGAAAUGGAUAGCACCGGGAAUUCUCAGGAUAUUGUGGUGCCACCAGUUGAAGGUGUUGCUGGUGGAGGUACUGCUUAUGGAUGGAGUGACGAUGGUUUUCACAGUACAAAUGCAAUAAAGGGAUCAAUUGACCCAACAGAGGCCCUGUCAGCAGAUUUAGUGCAUGUGUGGUGCAUGCCAAGUACUGCAAACGUUGGGCCACAAGAAAUGCCGAGAGACUUGGAGCCUAUUAAUCUUCUGGCAGCUAGAAAUGAAAGGGAAAGUGUUCAAAUUGCAAUACGACCAAAAGUUUCUUGGGGACGUUCUUGUGUUGCAGGGGUUGUGCAGGUUCAGUGUAAUGACUUAUGCUCCACAAGUGGUGGUCGGUUGGUUGUUGGACAAUCAUUAAUGAUGAGGCGUGUAGUGCCCAUUUUAGGUGUUCCAGAUGCUCUUGUGCCCCUUGAUCUUCCAGUUAGUCAAAUAAGCCUAAGUCCAGGAGAGACCACCGCAGUUUGGGUUUCCAUUGAUGUUCCAGGCACGCAGCCCCCAGGUCAAUAUGAGGGGGAGAUCAUCAUUACUGCUAUAAAAACAGAUGGAGGAUCUCCAGCACAAUGCUUGGGCAAAGCUGAGAGGCAUCAACUUUACACAGAACUUAGGAGCUGUCUGGACAUUGUGGAGCCCAUUGAUGGAAAACCGUUGGGAGAAGUGGUAGAAAGAGUGAAAUCCGCAAGUACAUCUCUAAGAAGAGUUCUUCUGUCUCCAUCAUUUUCUGAGUUCUUUUCAGAUAAUGGGCCAGUUGAUAUAAUGGAUGAAGAUGCUAUUUCAAACCUGUCAAUACGUGUGAAGUUACAUUUGACUGUUUGGGACUUCAUUCUUCCUGCAACUCCUUCUCUUCCUGCUGUGUUUGGUAUAUCUGAUACUGUAAUUGAGGACCGUUUUGGUGUUGAGCAUGGAACUGAUGAGUGGUAUGAGGCAUUGGACCAGCAUUUCAAGUGGCUUCUUCAAUAUAGAAUCAGCCCAUAUUUCUGCAGAUGGGGUGAUAGUAUGCGUGUGUUGACAUACACCUGCCCGUGGCCAGCCAAUCAUCCAAAAUCAGAUGAAUAUUUUUCAGACCCACGACUAGCUGCAUAUGCUGUACCAUAUAGUCAAGCAGUCUCCAGUAGUGAUGCAGCGAAGGAUUACUUGCAGAAAGAAAUUGAGAUAUUGAGGACAAAGACUCACUGGAAGAAAGCUUAUUUUUACUUGUGGGAUGAGCCUCUAAACUUGGAACAAUAUGAUUCCAUUCGCACUAUGGCCAGUAAGAUUCACACUUGUGCUCCUGAUGCCCGUGUCUUAACUACUUACUACAGUGGACCAAGUGAUGCACCUCUUGCACCUACUGCUUUUGAGGCUUUUGUGAAAGUUCCAAAUUUCCUGCGCCCUCAUACUCAAAUUUAUUGUACAAGUGAGUGGGUGCUUGGCAAUCGAGAGGAUUUGGUCAAGGAUAUUAUUGCUGAAUUACAACCAGAGAAUGGUGAGGAGUGGUGGACAUAUGUGUGCAUGGGACCAUCCGAUCCCCAUCCCAAUUGGCACCUUGGCAUGCGAGGUACACAACACCGUGCUGUUUUUUGGCGUGUGUGGAAAGAAGGUGGUACAGGGUUCUUAUAUUGGGGUGCCAACUGCUAUGAGAAGGCAUCAGUUCCCAGCGCUGAGAUAAGAUUUAGGCGUGGCCUUCCCCCUGGAGAUGGGGUUUUGUUCUACCCUGGUGAGGUGUUCUCAUCUUCACAUCAACCAGUUGCUUCAGUUAGACUAGAACGCAUUCUUAGUGGCUUGCAGGACAUCGAGUACCUGAAGCUCUAUGCUUCAAGAUAUGGUAGGAAUGAAGGUAUUGCUCUUUUGGAGAAGACAGGUGUGUACCUUGGUCCUGAGCGUUACACAGUUGAGCACAUGCCAGUUGACGUAAUGCGGGGUGAGAUCUUCACCACGUGCCGAUCAUGAAAGAAAGCCUUUUGCACACUUCAGAAAGUACGACCGGAAUAAAGAGGGGGUUUCUCUUCUGGAGAAGGCGCACACGAAUUUACAGUUAGAGGGCAUGCAGGGAGAUAUAUUCAAGGUGGAGAGAUACAGUCAACAGUUACUCACUUUCUGCAUUCAUACUAGCUUUCUUUACCUGAAAGAGAAAUCAAUCAACAAACUUGAGAACCUUUGUCCAAGAGCUAGGGUAUUUUUUACGCGUUCUUAGUAAUUAGUAUCACAUGCACAUAGAGGCUUAGUUGCAGCUAAUUUUCUUCUGCAUGAGAAAAAUUAUGUGUUUUGCUCUUGUGUUUUGCUCCUAGUUGUUCAAUGGUGGUUACUGUAUUGAUGCUCGUUCAAUUUGCUCUUAUUCUCUGUUUAUAGUGGAAUUUCAGACCUGUUUU